UGAAUCUGGCGUGGAAACCAAAACAAAACAUUUUGGGAACACAAGCAAAAUGGAUUCGGAAGCUGCGGGAUUAGCAUUCCUCUCCAGAGAGCAAAUCAUAAGGAUACUGAGCGAAGUGCCAGCAGGAUUCAUAAAGCCCACGGAUCCGCCCGCACCAAGUUUGCCGCCCUUCAAAAAGCUCGGCGUUCUCGUGGACAUCGAUGACAUCGUGGGCGAGCAGGAUGCGGCGGCAGCUAGGAUCAGGGACAACAUGGAUAAGGAGCAGAGCUUCAGCUGCGUAGAAUGCAGAAAAAUUCUGCCCACUGCCCAUUUACUGGACCUGCACAUCACCGAACAGCACGAUUGCUAUUUCGCCGCCAGCGUGGAGCGCGGUGACAAGCCCAUGUUUUCCUGCUUUCUGGAGGAGUGCACCGUCAAGUUUCAUACUGCCCGGCAGCGCAAGGACCACUGCAUCAUAGCGCACAAGCUUCCGGCGAACUAUCGCUUUGAUCAUAGCAAGAAUAGGGGCAAACAGAAGCAUCAAGCCAAAGGCAAAGCCAACUCCAUGGAGGUGGACGAGGUGACAGAGGAAACUAAAAGUUUGCCCUACGUCAAGGCCUUCAGCUUUGGACACCAAACGCAGAGGAGUUUCUACACCCGCAAGGAUCAGAGAUCUGGCGAAACCCUGGACAAUGUCCAGGCCAUGAAGGAGGCCAUUAACGACAUCCUCGAUUAGAUUUGUACAACUAUUUAUUUUGCGAAUGAAGCAGCAUUAUCAUUAUCCUGGUACAACUACAUUAGUCUGUUAGCGGAAACAUUCUACAUCAUUUUGCCUUGGCGCUGGGCCUGUAAAUAAACGAAAAUCGGUUUUAUUGUUGA